UACAGUGUUAAGUGUAUAAGUGCGGAAGUACGCCAUUUAGAACACUGCUCCCGGUGCGAUAGCGCCAGACUGGGCAGGCGUGGCCGUGGGUGGGGUGGUCCUAGUAGGCGCAGUCGGCGACGGGAAGCAUCAUGGUCGCCCUGGCUCGCUAGUUUACACGCUGACAAAGGAAAGGGAACGUCGGAGGCUAACCGCAUCGGUCCUGUUUGAGGGGAGGACGGUAGACACAUCCUGGACAUGCACUGAGUGUUCUCCUCGACCCAGACCUGGUUGGAACACAUCAACUGUGGAAGAUGAGCAAGUCCCCAACCCCCCAGGGCACCCCAGUGCAGCGCAGCCCCAGUGAUGGGGUCCCGGAGGGCCUCCAGUCUCCUCUGCAGUCAACACCGAGCUCUGGACUGGCACUUAAGAAACGCAUCUCCAGCCUCCUUCAGAGUCCGUCAUUCAAGGAAGAGCUGGAUGUGCUGAUUCAGGAGCAGAUGAAAAAAGGCGGCAACUCCUCCAACCUAUGGGCCCUCAGACAGUUGGCGGACUACAUGGCCCUGCAUGGCUCCCCGGCCUCCCUACCAGUCUCCCCAUCCAACAUGAUGAUGGUGACGCCCAUUAACGACCUGCAGGCCUGUGAUCCCGGCACCAUGGUGAAAGGGGAAAGACUGAUGCGCUGCAAACUCGCCAGCAUCCAUCGUCUGUUCGAUCUUUACGGCUGGGCCCAGAUCGGUCACACUUCUCUCACUCUGCGAGUUAGCAAAGAACUGGAACAUUUCUUGGUGCUACCAGAUGGCCUGGCCUACAGCGAGGUAUCGGGAUCAAGCCUGGUAAAGGUGAAUAUCUUGGGUGAAAUGGUGGAGAAGGGCAGCACCAACCUCGGCGUGGACACGGAGAAGUUCAGUCUGCACUCGGCCAUCUACUCCGCCCGCCCUAACGUUCGCUGUCUGCUCCACCUUCACACACCGGCCACAGCUGCGGUGUCAGCAGUUAAAUGUGGCCUCCUGCCGCUGUCCCACGAGGCCCUGCUGGUCGGCGACGUCGCCUACUUCGAAUACAACGGCGUCAUGGAGGCGGAGGAAGAACGCGUGGAGCUUCAGAAGAGCCUCGGGCCAACUUGCAAAGUACUGGUGCUUAGAAAUCACGGAAUAGUCGCCCUGGGGGAGUCUGUGGAAGAGGCCUUCUUCACGAUCUACCACAUCCAGGCUGCCUGUCAGAUACAGGUGUCAGCACUGUGCAGCGCGGGCGGUGAAAAGAACCUGAUCAUGCUGGACCGCACCACCUAUAAACCCAACUAUGCUGGCACUGUGGGCAGAGCCGGCUCCACCUUUGGCCCCAUGCACAAAAGCCGCAUUGGCGAACACGAGUUUGAGGCCCUCAUGAGAACCUUAGAUAACUUGGGGUACCGUACAGGCUACGCGUACCGUUUCCCCUUGCUUCUGGAAAAAUCCCGAACUCGAAGGGAUAUAGAAGUUCCCGCGACCGCCACGGCCUUUCACCAGUUUGACGACGACGGAGUUCCUCUGGGUCUCAAGCAGCACCCUUUUACUCAGCGCCAGCAGCAGGAGAGAACGCGGUGGCUCAACACCCCGAACACCUACCAGAAAGUCAGCCAGGAGCAGGCCAGUCCUGGACAGCGCACCACCUGGAUGAAGGCCGAAGAGAUGACACAAGCCGGCAGUACAUCCAUGAAGAUGGAGAACCCCAACCAGUUUGUCCCUCUGUUUACCAACCCCCGAGAGGUGAUCGAGACCCGGAAUAAGAUCCGACAGCAGAAUCGCCAGGACAUGAAGACCGCAGGCCCACAGUCUCAAGUCCUUGCGAGUGUAAUAACAGAUGAUAGUCCUCCGUCUCCGGUCACUCCGCCCCAAGUCCCACCGGAACCUGAAACUCCCAACCCCUUUAACCAGCUGACCGACCAGGAACUGGAGGAGUACCGGAAAGAAGUGCAGAAGAAACAGGACGAUGGGACCAAUGGGGAGGAGGUGGCAAUUGAGACGUCCCCUGCUACCUCCCCCACGAACCAGCCUCCCAUCACAGGGGACGCAAAGACAGACACUCCAGUCAUACAGAACGGAGGGGAGGAGGAAAAGCAGACGACGGAAGAGCUGGAGAAAAGCAUGAAGGCCCUUUCCACCAAUGACACCUCCGCUCCUGCCGCUCCGCCCGCCAAACCACAGGGCGGCACCCCCGAGGGCUCGCCGUCAAAGUCCCCGUCGAAGAAGAAAAAGAAGUUCAAGCCGCCGUCGUUCCUGAAGAAGAGCAAGAAGCAGAAGGAGAAAGUAGAAACCUGAGCUGAUGGAAAAACUGCUUGGCUGUUUUUGUGUAUAACAUAGUAACAGACCGGUGGGGGUGACUGCUUUUCCAACACGGUAACAACGCCACUGACGGACUUGGUGUUCUGACAGAUGGUCACACUUUUAAGCUUUGGUUCAAAGGGGUAAAAAAAAACCUACAGGUUGUCCACAACCUCUCAUUUUCACCUCACUUCUCAACACUUUAUUUUUGUCACUAGGGGUGUAACGGUACGUGUAUUUGUAUUGAACCGUUUCGGUACGGGGGUUCCGGUUCGGUUCGGAGGUGUACCGAACGAGUUUCCACGCGGACAUAUUAAGUAGCGUAACGCACGUUGUGUAAACAAUGCACACCGAGGCACAACACACGGCAUGCUAGCAGCUAACGGGCUACGAUAGACUGACCAUACGUCCUCUUUUCACCGGACAUGUCCUCUUUUGCGGAGCUGUCAGGGCGGAGUUUCUUAAAUGCCUCAAAUGUCCAGCAUUUUGAGUUAGGGUUGCAUGUAUUUUCAAUGUACGUUCAGGGUUAAGAAGGGGUUGAAAACAAAACAAAUUGCUCGCUCAGCAGCAUUGGUGAGGGAGGGGCAGAGACAGAGAGAGAGAGAGUUAUGAUAAACGCGCAUGCGUCGCCAGGCUCUGCUUUUUAGCCAUAGAUUUAUCAGAUUUAAUUUUUUAUUAUCUAUAGCAGGGGCGUCGAAAGUGUGCCCCGUAGGCCAUUUGCGGCCCACAGCUAAUGUUUUAAAGGCCCACGGCAAAAGCUGCAAGCAGCGAUGGACAGGAUCGACUUUGAGGGCUCAUAAAAUCCAAACCGGAGCAGUAAUUAAAACUCUUUCAUCAACUUUUAAUCAGAAGGGUUCAAUCUCUCUCCUGUGCUAAUUUGAAGCCGACACGACAAACACGCUCAGAGGAGAUAAUGUUUGAAAAAAGGUGACUGUUUUUACACAACUUUUGUUUUGAAGGGGGAAUUGCAAACUUCCUGUUGAUUUUUGCUGGGGGUUUUCCAGUGUAUGAAAUCUAGGUCUAAGUGAGACCUACAUAGAGGUUUUUGUUUCAUGUCUCUACGACAUUCCUACUGGGAGUUAGAGGCAGUUUUGUUUGUGUUUUCUUCCUAGGGGGCGCUAGAGCGCAAUUUUGAGUUUUGGGGUUAGGUUUUUUGAUUAGAUCGCAAUGUUCGCCAGUCCUGAUGUGUAUGUCCAAUUUGGUGAGUUUUGAAGCAUGUUAAGGGGGUCAAAUUACAGCUCAAAGAGGUGGCGGUAUAAUAAUAAAACGUUAGAAAUUCAAUAGGGUCCUCUGUCCCAAAGGGACUCGGUCCCUAAUAAACAAAAAACAUAACAAAAGUGAAAUAAAAAAGCUUAAAGGUUAAAUGUAAUUCAGAAAAACUUGCAAUGUUGACUAAUAAAACAAAGCUGUUUUUUUUUCUUUCAAAUUGUCAUUGCUCAAAACAUAAUAUUGAAUCAAAAUCAAUGUUAUUAUAAAUUAUUGACCUAUCCAAGAUUCCCAUUACUUCACAUCAAAUAUUCCACUAAGAAAAAUAUUUUUGGUGGAAGAUUUUGCAAAUUUGGUGAAUAAAUAACCCAAAAAUGUAUAUUUUGUUGCUUUCUUACUGUACCGAAAAUGAACCGAACCGUGACCUCUAAACCGAGGUACGUACCGAACCGAAAUGUUUGUGUACCGUUACACCCCUAUUUGUCACCAUGACUCAAAAAGCCAAUGAGUCUCCACUUUGCAUAUUGGAGUCAAGAACUGUUCUGAAGAUCUCCUCCUGAGGACCAGCGUCCUCUGUAGUGAUCAUUUAUCCUUUGCAUAACAGGGCUAUUUGUUUCUCUAAAAUGUGUAUCUUUGAAGAAAUAGACCAAAAACGAAUAUCCACUGCAGAGGACGCCGGGUCUCAGGAGGAUUUACACAAAAUAUACACAAAUGCAGCUUUUGUAAUUCCCUAAAAUAGUUCACCCUUCAUCCCCAUAUACAACAAUGUAAAUGUGCAUUUGGUGUCUGAUCGUAGCAUCUAAUGGUUUAGCUAUAAGUAUCACGUUGAUGUCGCAGGUAUACUAAUGUACUGAUAGCUACUGAUUGUGCUCUGAAUGCUGUUUAUUGUAAAUCAAUCAGACAAUAGAUGUUAUUAAAGCAAGAAAAAAAACAGACGAAAGCUGGCAAAAUCGUAAAAAAAAGUGGGUAUCUAUAAAAUAUGUUUGUAACUGCAGCUUGAAGACUUGUAUAUACACUGAAGGCACUCGUCAUUCCACAUUUUCCAUUUACGUACAGUAGAGGCCAAAAGUUUGGACACACCUUCUCAUUCAAUGCGUUUUCUUUAUUUUCAUGACUAUUUCCCUUGUAGAUUGUCACUGAAGGCAUCAAAACUAUAAAUGAACACAUAUGAGGCCAGCAUGGACGAAUAGAACAGACAAGCCAUCGUAAUGUCUGCUCGCGGAAAAAACAAAAAUCCUAAUCUACGAUUUGACUCCCUCGAACGGCCUUGACGCAGGAGCAGGCUGUUCUGAAAACAUCCCAGAGGACACCUCAAUGAUGGACGCUUUUGACCUCCCUCCCUCCUCAACGACACCUGGUGUCGAACUUUUGCUGGCAUGCAGAACGACCCCAGGCCUAUGGACACCUAAUCGACACACCCAAGACAAUGGGCAUAUAUACACACACACACACCCCUCCACCACCCCACGCCUUCACCAUCGCUUGAUUCCCCUUCGGUGUGAUGAACGGCUGGCAGCGCUUCAUAGCAGCAGUCGACCUCCAGGGUCCCAACUCCCCUCCCCCUUUAUUGCGCGUUGUCGUGAUUAAAUGUAACAUGUUUAUGUGUGCAUGGAGGUUUUUUCCCACUCCAGACUGGGCUCCUAAGGGGGCCUUUUACUCAUCUUCUUCCCCAGCGUUUUACCUUUUUCCCACCUUUUACGGGGCGCCUCGUGGCGACCCAUCAGUGUGCCUGUUCUGUAACCCUCUACACUGUUUGUUUGUCUAAUCUUGAACGGGUUUGUGCUGAAAACAUAGUUUCGUUGUACUUGUUGCAAUGACAAUAAAGACCUAUCCUAUGU